UUUAAAUUUUGAAAUUUUAAAGAAUUUGACUUCAGUAUGGCGGUGAAUGUGAACAUCCAAAACGAGGUUAAAAUUUUAAGUAUAAAAAUAUUAAGUGAAUUUUUGGUGGAAGGGUUUGGGUAAAAGUUAUGGGGUUAGGAGUUCUAGGAAAUACUAGUUCAGUUUGAGUGCCCUCAUUUUUCCCUCCAAUUUUUUAGGCGUCUUUAUUGCUAGUUUAUCUUUCUUAUUUUGUUUUAAAAUAAGGGGGACCUAACAAAAAAAAAGUAUUCCAUGAUUUUUUUUGUUUUUCAGCUUGCAAUAAUCAAGCAAGAUGCUAUGCUGGUUCGUAAUGCAGUCAUCUUGUUGGAAAACGAAAAGGAAAGUUUGCGUAAGGCUAUUCGCAAGUUGAAGCUUGAAAAUGGCCGUAUGAAGCUUAAAAUUAAAACUUUAAAUGAAAAAGUUGGCAAAUUGACAAAUGAAAAGCUUGUUGAUGUUGACGAUGGGCGAGCUCCAGAAUCUGAAUAUGACUAUGACGAUCUUAAUCGAGACUUUUAUUUGAUUGGAGGAAUACAUGGUUUCUUUUUAAAAAUUUUUUUAGGUUUAAGGGAGGGGAAUCAGGCUGGGUUUAGGAAUUAGGUUUGUGUUUAGGGGUGAAAGUAGCUCAGGUAGUCCUGAGGGGGGGGGGUGUUAGUCGGUAGACUGUCGGCUCACUUGCCUCAUGACAGAUUUUAUUGACGUUGAUUUUUUCCUUCUUGAACGAUUUCUUUUUC